AUGUUGAAUGUGGAAACUGUGGAUGUUUAUGAUCUUCUCUUCGAUUAUGUCCGCAAGCUUGCUAUUGCCGAGAAAGUCCGAAAGCGCAUCGAUUUCGACAAAAUGAAUGCCUCCUGGGUGAUUGACAAAAAGUUUAAAUUUAGAAAUCUCAACUCACGACAUGAAACACAGGGGGAUAUGGGUAGGCCACAAAAUUGUGUCAUCUUCUCAUCUACUUUCAUCAAUUCAACCUCUACGGAACAGACGAAUAGCCUGAGGACAGAGAAGCGAACAACUGCAACUUGUCGACUUCAACUCACAAAGUCUGUAAUGCGGAAUGGAAAUAUUAGCUUGCAAAUCUCCCCACCGAAUACUCUUAUUCAAGCCAACGGCGGCUUUUCGAAGGAAAAGACACUUACUUCCGAGAAGGAGGAAGUUAUGGAAGAGGAGUUGAGCUGGUCGUUGGAUACUCAGGUUGUGGUUCAACCAGGUCACAGGACAAAAGCCGAUUUGGUCAUCACCGAAGGUAAUUAUAACGGGGCUUUCAAAGUCGACACCCUGUUUGAAGGCAUAAUUUCAGUUGUACCUCGCGACAAGAAGGACAAGCCUGUGACACUUAUAACCAUCUCAAAAUUAACCGAUUUCUUGAAACCUGAAAAGGGCUUCCAACCAGUGCCGAAUAAACCUGGUGCAGUUAUAUUCACCAAUGAAGGCGUUUGUAAAUGCAGCUAUGGCAUUGAACAGCAUGUUGAACUCAAAGAAGAAUCACUAUAA